GUGGAUUUGUACACCACUUCCGGUUAGAUGACAUCUUAAAUACAGUUAAUUUGAAAACUUAAUGUAGCAAAGGUGAGCGUUUUAGACGUAAUAUAACUAGAUUUUUAAUUCUAUUUGAACGUUUUUACCGUAUUCUGUAAUUAAAUAGAUACUUAAGAUGGUAAUUUUGUUGCUUUAAAUAAAAAUCAUUUCGUAUCAUAAUAGUGACCUGUUCUCGAUAGCUGGUUUUUCCCUGUCCCUGCUAAUAUUAAUCUGAUGGGGGGGAAAGUAACGAAUAGUUUCCUAACUCUUGACAUUUGUUUGACCUUUCAGUAGACAAUUGCAUCAGUUCAUUCUGAUAUAAGAAAUAUACCCCAUCAUUCUUUAUCAGUUAAAAAAAAGAGUAAACCUAAAUUAUUUAUUUAAACUUAGUAAUAUUAAAUUAAAAAUUAUUGUGAUUUGUGUGAGUGCAACAUGUAAUCCAUUGACCAUUGUGUUUAUUUCAAUUAUUAAAAAUUAUUUGUUGUCAAUCAGCAAUGUGAUAAUUAUAAUCAUUGACAAUGAAUUAACAGUCAUUUCAAUUUUUAGUUGUAGUGUAGGAGUAACAGGAGUAGGACAAGGCAAAAUAAGUAACUUAAACUUAAGACUUAAUUAACUUGACUUAAAUAAGUUAAAGUUGAAGUCAACUCAAGUCUAUGGAUACUAUUAAUAUUAAUGAUUAAUAUUUAAUGAAUUUAAUAAUUUAAUGUUACUUAACUGCAACUUACCUACUUUAUUUUUAGUUAGUAUUAUUAAAAAGUAAAGGCAGUGAGGCCUAUUAAAUAAAAAUUGGCUGUUCAGUCUGUUAGUGUUAGUUGAGCCCUAUUCUAUUUGAUAAAAAAACUGUUCACUAUUACUAUUGGCUAUUGAAUAUUGGCGUUCAUUGACCAAAUCAAUAUAACUUAUUAAAAUUUAAAUAAUCAUAGACCUAAUUGAGGAAAUCAGUAAAUUUGAGCUAAUCAAUUAUUAUCCUUUUAAUAUUAAUUUAUGAAAUUGAAAUUAUUAUUUUAGGGAGGCCUUCAUGAUUGACUCAUUAAUAAUUAAAUAAGAGAGGCCUACUAUUAUUAUUAUUAUUAUUACAACUGACAUCAUAUUAUCAUAUUGAUGUUUUUACUUUAGGCAAAUUAAUAUUUUUAAAAUGUACUAAAUCACUUUUGGCUUUUAACAUUUUAGUUUUAGCCAAUGCGCAAUAAAAAAUAUUGCCUUCAAAAUACUUUGGCGCAUUUUAAUUUUUUAACAAACUUAUUAACUUAUUAGUAACAUAAUGAAUGUAAAAGCAACCAUACUGAAGUAUUAGCGUGGCUGUGGCUAAUUUUUCUUCAAAAUGAGAGAGAUGAUGAAACACACAUGUCUUGAGCAAAAACAACCAAAUGGUGCUGUUGCAGUCUUUAAUAACACCAAUUUUGGAUUGAAAUGUGAAGUUGAUACCCUUAGUCUAACAAGUGCACUUGCACGUUUUGAAAAUAAUUUUGAUGAGUUUAAAGGUAAAUAAAGUACUUAUUCUUUCACUUUUGUAAGGGGCAACUAUCUUUCAUUAUGAGUAUAAACCAUGUCCAUUUAUAAUAAUUAAAACUUUGUGGGUUUUUUUUUUUUUUAAGUUGAAAUAAUUAAGCUGAUCUUUUUAAAAAAAAAUGCCAGCCAGUUUUAUCGUUAUGCAGACAAACAAACAAAAAAAAAAAAUUCCAAAAUGAACAAAUAUUUUUGUCUUAAAUGCUUCAUUUUAAAUUGUAAGGGGCAACUAUCUUUCAUUAUGAGUAUAAACCAUGUCCAUUUAUAAUAAUUAAAACUUUGUGGGUUUUUUUUUUUUUUAAGUUGAAAUAAUUAAGCUGAUCUUUUUAAAAAAAAAAUGCCAGCCAGUUUUAUCGUUAUGCAGACAAACAAACAAACAAAAAAAAUUCCAAAAUGAACAUAUAUUUUUGUCUUAAAUGCUUCAUUUUAAAAUACAUUUGGAUUUCUUUAUCUUAGGCACAGAUCUUGACUCUGAAAUACGACUUGUACAUUUCCACCCACCACCAUUCAGAAUGUCCACUUUUGAAGAACACAUCUCUACUCCAAGGUUUCUUGGCUUUUCUCAAAAGUAUUCAAAUGAAUUGAAUGUAGUAACAAUAGAUCACUGCUAUGCAAAACCAUGGAGCUCCCAUCCUGAUGCUAGUAAUGCACGUCCAUUGCAAAUGCUUUUUAUGGAUAAAUUCCCUCGCGCAACAGAAAAACAGAGGUGAGAUUACUUUUUUGCAACUACCAUUUUACCUAUCUUAUGCAGAUUAUAUGGGUUUUAUUAUUUUCCUUGAUUGAUGUUUUAGAACAUAUUUUAUAUUACCUACUUCCAAAGCACUAGACUGCAAGCGAUUCAAUAGCAUCUUUUCUUAUUUUUACAGCUUUUGUAAUUUUUUUGAAGGUAUUUUUAUGUUUUCUUUGUAAUCAAAGGGUGGUACAUGUGUUACAGGUGCUUUGGAAUAUAAAUCUUAUCUUUUUAAUGUGCAUUUAAAUGAAAUUUUUUGGACAUCAAAACAAUCAACCAAAAACAAGUAAGCUAAACAGAUAAUGAUUAUCAAUGAUCUUGGAAUUUAACUAAAAUAUAAAAAACUUUUUUUAAAAAGCAAAUAAACGAAACAAAGAAUGAGAAAACCUGAAAAAAAGGAUGCAAAAAAACAACAAAUGUGUCGGCAAGAAGCCUUCAUCAGUGAACAAACAACAGUAAUUCUGUUUUUCACUAAUGAAAGAAGAAGGUCACAUGUGACAACUCAAAAUAAUGCUUCAAACUGACAAACCCCAGUCAAUUUGCGAGUAGAAAGAAAGUCUUUAAAAAAAAAAGCCAGGUUCCAUUUGAACUAAAAGCCAAGACUCAUUUCAAAAUGCCCAUGUACACUCAAGAACCUAUACACCUCUCGGUUAUUCUGACCUAAAAAUAAUUCCCCAAAUGCCUUGCUACGGACCUAUUUUAGGGAAAAAAAACAAACUCAAAAGACUGAAAACAAUAAGUGCAUUUCCAUUUAUUUGGAUCAAUAUAAGCAUCUUAUAUUAUCUUAAUAUAUUAAACAUUACCUGUAGAAUAGUUUUCUUCAGUCAUCCAUCUGUUUAGGAUUGAAGCCACCUGUAGGGUAGAAGUCUACUACCUUCUUGCAGUUCAGUAUACUUGAAAAAUAAAUUAUUUAGCACUUUUCUUUCUUCGCAUGUUUCAGCAAAAGUGACCUUUGUAACAAAAUUAGUCACCAGCACCAGAGCCUGGUUACUGAGAUGGGAACUGAACCCUUAGCUACUUAAAUAAAGAGAUCCAAUAGUGAUCUGAGACAAUUUGUGAACUAUUUACAGAUAUCCAGGGCUGGAACUGGGCAAAGCGAGGCCUAAAUUAUGCAAUUAUUUAUGACACAGCCCAGCAUAUGAGGAAAGCUGGUGACUCACUAACCAAGGUCUAAAAUCAAAUUUGCAAAGCAUCACCCUUGGCUCCAGCUCUCCAAAAGACACAACAAUUUUCCUUUCCCUCUUUAAAUCACUGCUUGGUCUAUGAAAUGCAAUUUCAAUUAUGUUUUUAAAAAAAAUAUAUUUUAGCAUGUUUGAGUCGGUGAGAAACAGUUAACAUCUAAAAUCUCCUCUUUUAAAUAGAUGUAUGUUCAUUAAGCCUUCAUUACCUCAAUGAUUUUGAUAUUUUCCUACUUAGGGUAUUUUACUCUGGCUCCCAGACAACCUGCUCUAUACAGUAAUACUAACCGCUUCACAACACUUAAUUGAAUAGCAAAACUAAUUUAUGUUGUGUGAACUCCAGGUCACCAGACAUAAUAGAGGUUGCAGACUCUGAAGAAAUUCCACCAAUGUAUGAUGUUACAAAAGCAAGAGCACUGAUGUCCGACUGUGAGAGGCAUGCGUCACAGCUGCGGCCAGACUAUGUUGAUAGUAAAGAAGACUGGGAAGAUCACAUAGCUAAUGUCAGGUUAGUGUACAUUUUUGAUAUUUUAACAGUGUGUUUUAGACGUUUCAGCUUGAUGACCUCUGAUGACAUGAAAAACAAUAAGAAUUUAAAUAAAAUCAUGUCCACAGUGAGGAUUUUGUUUUAUGGAAGGUUAGGGUAAUAAUAAUAAUUGUUAGGGUGUUACUUAAGAUGGUGAGGAAACCAAACAAUUGGAAACAACCGGGAUGGAAGAGUGUAGGUGAGCAAUCAGAUUUCAGUAAAGUGAAAAAUUCAACAGUGAGUGGAACAGUGAGCAAGCAGAUUAGAUGAGAUGUAUAAAUAAAUUGAAGAAUUUAAAACUUUGACAAAAAUUGUCACCAGAAAUAGCAUUUAGUCAGGUUUGUGGAACAUUGUUAUAAAAAUGACUAAUUUAAACUCUUAUGUCUGAAAUAAUCUUUCACCAUGUUAAAUGCAACCGCAACCUUGUAUUCAUAGACUUUGUAAAAGAAAAUUAAUUUUAAUAGAGGUUAAUGAAUUGAUUUAGUACUUGAGGGAAUGUUGUUUUGUUUUCCAGAACAUCAUGGUCUGUUUUACAAAACAGAAUAUUUGCCAAAGUAAUGAGGGUACUUCAAGCUGACCGACUGGCAAGGUUAUCAAUUACAGGGGUAAAUUAUUAUUCCAUGCUUAUGACUUUUUUUUUUUUUUUUUUUUUUUUUUUUUUUUUUUUUUUUUUUUUUUUUUUUUUUAAAACUUUGUUCAUCAAUUUUGAUAUCCACUUGUCAAUGAUAAAAAACUAAUACUAAUAAUGGUGUAGUUUUUGUUGAACCUAUAAGAAACAAGAAUGAAAGACCUGUAGACUCUUGCAACAGUGUUAUUUGUCAUCCACAGACAAAAAAUGAGCCUAUUCAGAGACGUCUGCAGAUUGAUAAAGCAGCAAAAAGAGUAAGGUUUGCAUUUGCAAAUAUUGGAUGGGUAAGUAUUGCAUGUACAAAAUACAAUUGUUUUUAAUAACUGGUACUUUGUGGCAUUAAGGCUGAAAUAAAUCAGUUUAUAAAUCUUAUUGUAAAAUAAGUGCCCCCUCAAAAGUAACCUGCAAUGAAGUAGAAACUCAAUUAGACCUGACAAAUAAUGAAAUUUAGUGUAUUGAAAUUUACUCCGGUACAAAAAUUGACUUGACUAGGUUUCAUUUCAUAUCUGUUAAAUUAAAAUUCAAACCAAUAAGUUUGCAAAAGAAUGAAACUAGUACAUAAACUGUCAUAAUUUUGUUUUGCAUUUUGUACAGGAAAUGACAUUAAUACUCUGGCUACAUAACCUCUUCUUAGAAAAUUUGCGAGGUCAGUUGUUGACAUCUUAUCUUGAGGUUUUGCAAACCCUUAAAGUUAAGGUAACUUUAAUUUUGAUUACUUAUUUCAUUUACAUUUUAAAUUAAUUUUAGUAAAGACACAAAUAUUUAAAGUUCAACAUCUUUUGUUGAACCGUAUUGAGAAAAUAAUACAUUUAUUACAUGUCUGAUUGUAUACUAACAAGAAGAUUCUCCUUUGUCUUUAACCUUGUUUUAAAAGGGUAGAUAGAUAAAUGAAUAUGUCCAUGGUUUCUAAUUCUGACCAGAUACCAUCCCUAGUGGAGCGUCUGAUACAUGGAACUACAGCCACUCAGGGGAGUUUGAGCACAGAAUCCCUUGGAGGGCUAUUAAAACGGACAUGGGACCCUGUUCUUUCAGUUAUUAAUCAACAAAAACUGGUAAACUAUUACCAUUGACUUCUGAUGUUUAUUUAAAGUAAUAUGUGGUGUUUUAAACAAAAGAUCAUAAUCCUAGCAGAUUUUGUAUAAAGUUGUGUUAUAUAGUAAGUGAACUUCAAUUUAAAAUGUUGUGAACGAAUAAAACUAUUGUUUUCACUUGAUUAUAUUUAUUUAUUUUAAGGGAGAUUACAAAUUUUUCAGGCAAAGUAGAUUAGAAACUCUAAAUUUCUUUUGAUUACAGAAGAAGCUCCCAGACAACCCACUGAUGUUGGUAAUAUCCAGCAACUCAUCAUCAGGUUCAGUUGCCACAGCUAUUAAGCGUCUUAAAUUUUGGCAAAGCCAGCUGGCAGGGAUGGGGAAGGUCAUCAAUGUUGUUCCUGUCAACACCAGUACAAGCAUCACGAUCGCUAACUAUGUUGAGAACAUGAUAGCAACUACAAGGUCCAAGAUUUUAGAAGUAAUAUUUUCAAUCUUUUUCCUUAAUAAUUUCUUAUGGUGUCUAUAUCUUUAAUUUGAUACUUUACACAAAAGAUUAUAAUUUAAUACCUAACACCAGGGGCUAAUAUGUCUAUAUAUCUAAUUACUGCUGUUUUUUAUCUAAUUUUAUAAUGUUAUUUAUUUAAUAUGCUGUUUAUUUCAUCUUGUACCCAAAUAUCAAUUCCAUUUGAAAAUUAAAGACUGAUUUUUGUGUAUCUCCUAAUGUAGAUGAAAUCUCAUUUUCCUGGGCGACCUAUUAUUCUUAUUGGCUGGCAAGUCGGAGCUCUAGUAGCCACACAUGUAUGUUUUUAAAUUAUCUUAUCAAGAAUGACCAGAAAAAAAAAAUCAAUAAAUAAAACAUUAAAUUAAUAUCAGAUUAAGUCACAGAUAUUAUUUUAAAGAUCUUUAAAAAUUUAUUGCAGGUUGCUCUGAUGGAAGUAGUUCAAGCUGUUGUGUGUCUGGGAUUCCCUACCAUGGGAGUUUGUGGCAAUCGUGGUGUACGGUUUUUUUGUUUGUUUACGUUUCGAUCCCUCAUUUGAUAUUUUCCAGCUUAAAAUCCUUCUUAGGCCUAAUACAAAAAUAAUGAAGCAUUUAAAGUUUAAAUACUCUUAUUGAGCCUAAAAAUUUCCAAAACUAAAACAUUUUAACAACCCUUGUAUGUUUAAGAUGAAUUUUUAGAUGAAUCAUGUUUAUUUAGAAUAUAAGCAAAUGUUUAUAAAUAUGAUUUUUUUGUAAAUUGUUCUUGUUGGUAUAGGAGAUUGAUGACCAGAUCUACAACUGCAGGACUCCUACACUUUUUGUGGUUGGCCAGAAUGCUAGCUCAUGCGUACUUGAUACACUAGAAGAUAUCCGCGAGAGACUUAGAGUGGACACAGGCCUUGUGCUACUUGGCGGAGCAGAUGAUCAGCUUCGCAUGUCUCGUGCUAAGAAACGAAGUUGUGGGGUCACACAGUCGAUGGUGGACCGAUGCAUCAUGGUCAGCUGUGCUUUUAUUUAUUUAUAUAAUGUAAUUUUAUAUAAUGUAAUUUGGAUGUUGCUUGAUAUUUCUUUAAAGCUGUUCUACGCAAAUAUGGGAAUUCUGUCAUUUUAUCCCUAUAUGACCAAGACACAAAUGCUUAAAAUAAAUAGUAUUAAAAAAUUAUUGUUUUGUCAUAACCACCCCUACAUGACUCAUCAGUGGAUUAUUUAUUAAAGCAUCUUUAGAGACAGAAGAAAACUGCUGAUUGAAAAAGUGUAACUCAAAGUGUCUAAUUUUUUUUCUGUAAUCCCGAAACAGGAUGAGAUGUUUCAGUUUUUGGGCAACAUUUUAUCUCAAGCUGUUGCCGCACCUGAAAACACCGUUGAAGAAACGGAAGUAAAUAAGAAACAGCGUAAACGUAAACAGAAAGACAUCUCUUCAGCUGCUAGCUCCCAAACCACUGAACAUGUGCCCAAACAGGUAAUAAAUUGUUCUACAAUGUAGAACAGUUAAUAAAUACAGUUGCUUUUGUUUUCUAUCCAAGACCAAAAUAGAUUUUAUCUCAGUAGUGAAAAUUAAUAUUGGUAACUCCUUUUCUCUUCUUAUGUUUUAUUAUUAUCAAAAUGCAAGUGAUUGAUGUAUUUUAUUUUUUUCAAUUAUCAUAAAUAUGUUUUUGUACUUUCUGUGGAGGAUACCAGAAAUAUUUUGAAUUUGGAUAUAAUGGGGUCAUGGCGUGGCUCCCGAAAUUUUGCAUACACAUGAAAUUUUUUUCAAAGUUUGUGAAAAAGAUUAUAAAAAAAUAUUUAACUUCAUUUUUGGGCUUUAGAAAGUACAUGAAUUUGAAUAUAAUAAACCACAUGUCUUACUAACAUCAAGAGAUAAAAGCGUCUGGUCAAAAAAAAAUUAUAUUAAAUUUUGUCUCCUUUGAGAAAUAAGUCACUGUCAUUUGCAUGGAAUUAAGGCUCAUUGGGGUGUGUUUAAGUUGGAGUCUUAAGAGCAAAGGGACUCAUGAUCUGUGACAAUAUUUUAGAUCUGUGUGAGGGUUUUCUAUGUGUGGAUGAACUGCCAGUCAUGAUGGCAGCAUAAUAUACAUUGUUGAUUCACUGUUCAUAUUAAUUCAGUCUGGGUAAUUUCUUUCAAUGUUUCUUAUAAUACAUACCAAUAAAAUUAUUAAAAACUAUUUGAUGCAAAGUAAUAACCUAUAAAUGUAUUAUCUGUACAUUAUUUUGACUAAAUCUUAAUGAUGCAUGCCAUGUAAAUUUAAUAUUUGUCCGAUGAGCAAAAUAAGUUAAAAAGUGAAAUAUUGUUAAACCCCGAAAAAUCAAGCCUCUUACAGGAUCUGAUUUAUGAACUCCAUUCAUUGCAAGGUUUCGAUGUGUUUGUGUCUGUGUAUUUAUAUAAUAAACAAUGUUAUUUUCAAAUUUCCAGACUGGUGUUAAAACCAUAAAGUCAAUUAAAAUAGCAAAAACUGGAACAGUGACAUAUAGUAGUCAGCUGGGCUUGACUGGUCAAGUUGGUGAGUUGUCAUUAUCUUUGAGACAUAUUUUUUAAAAUCUUUACAAUUCUCAUUGAAGAUCCUGUCUGGCCAAAAAUUCAACCUCUUACAGUGAGUACAUAAUGGGAUAAAAGAUUUCACCAUCUUGCUUUCCCUAAUGGGAUUUGUACAUCAAAUUGUAAUUGCAGGACCACAAAGUAUUUUUAAAUAAGACCAGACCAGAGGUAUUUUUGCUUUCUAAACUUUAUCAUCAUUAUUUUGUACUUUUCUCAAACUGGAACCCAUUGGGGUAGGUAAGGAUUAGGAGGGGGGGGGGUCCUUUUUUGUACUUUUUGAUGAACCAAUUUUGUGGGUUCAAUAUUACACAAUGACAAAUGAAACCCAGCACUUUGUUUUGUUUUUUUUAAAAAUGUUUUCAUAUCUAGUUACUUAAUAAAAGUAAAAAUAACUAUAAAUCAUUUGAGAUUCUAUGGGUAGUAAUUUGUGUAGAAUACUGUCAAGGCUAAUUUAUUUUGUAUUUCUGGGCAUUUAAACGCAAAAAAUUGAUGAAGACAUAUCUUAUAAAUUCUCAGUGAAGUAUAACGAGUGCUCUACCAAUUUAGUUUGCAUUAAAAGUAUAAUAUACUAUUAUAUUAUGUUCAUUAGUAGUUUUAUAUUUUAAUAUACACUUGUUAUGUUAUUUAUAUUGCCAUACUGACUAAUUUAUAUUUCCCAAUGUUGGAUUUCAGCUAAACGAGCCUCUCCAAAGAAGAGAUCCAAUGUUAGCUCUGAGGCAUCCAACACCAAACCUAUGCUACAUCUUAGUUUUCCAAUGAUAGCAGCUUCCACUGAAUCGACCAAAUGCCUAUCAAAAGUCAGUGAAGCAGCUGCCAUAGCCUCAGCCCCGGAGUUAUCUAACCUGUUACAGAGCAUCAAACCCACCUAUCUAGACAAUCAGAAACCAAGCGGACCCCCUACCCCGGUCACUCCGGUCACCAAGCCAACUACAGGUCAUAUCAACUCAACCAUCCCAUCCACCACGGCUCUCACUCUAUCAAGGUUUCUGGCAUCAUCUGGAUUUUUUCGAACCGGGACACUGAUCAAGUCAGCAGAGGCUCAUUCAGAUGACUCCGAGGUGGGAUCAAAGUCAAGCGUUGAUAGCUCUCCAGAGAAGUCAGAGAAUAGCUCAGAAACAAGCCUAAAACAACCCCAGAUUCUUAUUAGAACAGGAACGACAUCGGCUCCUUUCUCAAUUCCAUUAACCCUCACCAUGGCAAGUAAAGUCCUCAAGUCAUCACCUUUGAUGAAGAUUACCGGCAGCAGCUCUACGUCUGCUCAGAUUCAGCAGUUGUUUACAUCUAUCUCCAGCUCCGCCAUGCCAAUAGUUACCAGCACAAUGACCACCUCCUCCUUGCACACAAUGUCCAGUUUUUUGUCCUCUGCUCCAAAUUCUUCCUCCUCCAGUGCUGCAAUUGGUCUGGCCACAUUGGCACGCAACUGUUCCACUUCCUCUUCAGGGGUGACCUUUUCAAGUCCUGCAGUGACAACUACAACUACUUCUCUGGGAGCUUCUGUCAUUGACAUCGGAGGGGACAAAGUUUCUAUGAAGGAGACGCCUCCAAGCACAACGGCACCGUGCACGGUCAGCAUAGACCUGGGUCAAAUCACAACUCUGUCCAAUACAAGCAAUGUGAUGAAACUCAUUAGGUCCAGCUCUAAAAUAUCCCUUAUCCCAAAUGUUAAACAGUUCUCAGGACCAUCUGAAAAACUUGUCCUGACCUCACCUCAGUCAGACUCUCAGCCAUCCAUAGCAACUUUGUCAUCAUUGUCUCACAUCCCACAAGCUAAAUCAACCAAGGAUGCUUCGGCCAUCACACCUUCUGUCACCACACCUUCUGUCACCACACCUUCUGUCACCACACCUUCAUCUCAUGUGAAGCUUCAACAGGCUCAUACAUCUGAUGCCACUAAAACGUUUUCCGUCCCCACUGUCCUAUCACCAUCCAAGAUAUCCCAAGGAUUCACCACCACCCAGCAUUUAUCUCCCAGCACUGGUCUCAUAACUUUCAAACUGUCUGGACCUUCAGUUGGAACUAGUGCAGCAGUUAAAAGUUCAGACAUUGGUAAUGAUGAGACAGAUGGUCAGCCUAAGAUCAAUUCCCAUUCCAAAGACCAUGUCAACAUCCAGUAUCAACACUGCACUCUCUCACCAGGCACGAGACUCUCUAGUACAGGACCUUUGAUUGGAGCUGUUACCAAGGCAGGAGUUGAUCAAAACGUGUCCACAAUCACCUCCAAAACUUUUUCAACAAACCCAACUUCUUUAAUCAUAACUCCUGGCAACAAACUUGGAACGGCUCAGAUUGUUCUCCAGUGCCGCACCACUCCAGCACUACAGCAACCCAUCAAAACUACCACCAUUGCAACCUCUUCGCAACAGCCUGCCAAACUAUCCGCACCAUCAACACCCUUAAUUCCAGCCAAAUCCAUCUGCACGUUACCAGAGUCUGUCAAGUCCAACACACCAGCCGUCACCUCGGCCGAAGAAUUGACUUUACUUCGUAAUGAAACAAUAGGGCGGGUCACGUCCAUCUCAUCCAAGACACCUGUAACACAGACUGACACUUGUCAAGUGGUGUUCUCAACCCAUGAUAACCAAGACCCGGUGACAAAACCAUCAGUUAAAACCGUGCCAUCACCACCCUUGUCAUUAGCUAGUCCAGCCACUGGAAGCAUUUCAAAGGGAAGCAAAUCAGUGUCAGCCUCCUACACUGCCACACCCAAGUCAGUUCUGUCAACUGCUGCAUCUACUCGGACUCGCAGAAUAAGAACCCCCAAGCAGUAUGACCUGUGAAGCUCCAGAGAGGAACUGAUUCUUUUCUUUGUACAUCACCAGCAGUCUUUUAUUUGAUUAAUUACAUGCAAAAAGAUGCAGCUGAAUGUUCUGAUCCAUAUUUUAGCAUUUCUCAUUGACUUGGUCAUACAAGGAGUUAUUCCUGUUCAUUGAUGUGUUGGCUCUUAUUCUUAUGGUUCCAUUAAAAAUUCAUUUCUGAAUUUUCUGUGCCAUUUCAAGUCAAACAGUUUCACACAGUACAUGAAGUAUUUGUAACAAAAAAUGCUGAAGUCUUACAACCCUUUCAGUACAUUUUAUUCAUCUUUGGUUUGUAGCGCAAUCAGUAGAGCAAUGCAUGCAAGUCAUACUUGUAAAUUAAACACACUAAUAUGGCCAUAGGAAAAAAGAGAGCACUGUUGGAAAAUAUGGGCGUACCUUUAUUAACAUCCUUUUUUUUAGAAAAUAUAGGAGGUAUUGCAGAAAACAUCCCAGUCGCUUUAAUCCCUUGAAUUGUAUUGUUAUUUUCACCCCCAACCAAAAAGGAGAUAGGAUUGAUAUAAAAAACAUGAUUAGCACCCAGUCCUUGGCCGUAAAACGUCUCACUUGGAGCGUUAGAGGUUACAUAGAGUCUCCAUUGAGCCCAGCCGUAAGUUAUGACAAGUGCCUGAAAAGUCUUGUUGUAGCUGACGCUGAUGGAGCCAAAGAUCUUAUUGUAGUAUGAACCCUGCCAACAAAAUAGAACAAUGCAAAGCUUUUACUAAUAAUAAUAUUAGAAGCAAUCAACAUUGGACUGAUUCAAAAUCCAUGACAAUUUUGGGUUCCAGAAUCUUAUAGUUAUAGUGUCCCAGAAUCUUAUAGUUAUAGCGUCCCAAAAUCUUAUAGUUAUAGUGUCUCAGAAUCUUAUAGUUAUAGUGUCUCAGAAUCUUAUAGUUAUAGUGUCCCAGAAUCUUAUAGUUAUAGUGUCCCAGAAUCUUAUAGUUAUAGUGUCUCAGAAUCUUAUAGUUAUAGUGUCCCAGAAUCUUUUAGUUAUAGUGUCUCAGAUGCUUAUAGUUAUAGUGUCCCAGAAUCUUAUAGUUAUAGUGUCCCAGAAUCUUAUAGUUAUAGUGUCCCAGAAUCUUAUAGUUAUAGUGUCCCAGAAUCUUAUAGUAGGCAGUUAUAGUGUCUCAGAAUCUUAUAGUUAUAGUGUCCCAGAAUCUUAUAGUUAUAGUGUCCC